UUGUCUGUGUGAAAGUGAAAGGGUGGGGAGCAAGUAAGAGGGAGAGUCCAAGAGGAGACAAAGCAGCCUUGCCUGAAGCACAUGUUAAUCAAAGGAGAUCAAAGGAUAUGAUGUCAGUUUAUAGAGAAACAGGUCAGGCAAGUCCAGGUAGCUCAGGAAGCAGGAUACUAAUUAUUCACAGAAGAAAGUCGGGUAUAUGGUUACUGUGCUACAGUUGGAAGUCAGGAGGUCAACACUUGCACAGCAACCAAGUCAACUUGAUAACACGGCUUGGCUCCUUACAGGGGAGUUUGUUGUUUUCUUGAAAUGGGAGAGAAUGAAUCUAGUGUACCGAGUCCAUCCCAACAAGAUAAAAAGAUGGCCUAUCACAAAGUAAAUGCAGACCAGAGAGCACAGGGGCACUCUCCAUACCUUGACAACGAUGAGCUCCAAGCUACAGCGCUGGAACUGGAAUGGGACAUGGAAAAAGAGCUGGAGGAGCCUGGUUUUGACCAUUUCCGACUGGAUGGUGCAGUCCAGCAUCACCUGGGAAACUCACAGAGCCCUGACCUUGAUCUUGAGCCCAUCCAGCCUUCAUCUUCUCCAAAAGGAAGAUUCCAGCGGCUUCAGGAAGACCCCGACUAUAUCUCGCACUAUACCAGACAGGCACCAAAGAGUAACCGCUGCAGUUUUUUUCAGAUACUGAAAGUAUUUUGCACUGCUUUGAUUUUAUUUAUUUUUGGAAUUGUGAUAGGAUAUUAUGCACACAAGAAAUGUCCUUCUCCAUCACCAUCUCAAGAACCAAAUAAUGCUCAUAUCUACCAUGAAAUUCUCAAGGAAAUCAAAGCUGAACAUAUUCAUCAGAUUUACAGAGAUCUGUUACAGUUCCCUAGGGAAGAUGAUGUAGACAUUGCAAUGAAAAUUCUGGCUCAGUGGCGUUCCCAAGGUCUUGAAGAUGUCCAGCUGGUAAAUUACUCUGUUUUGCUUGACCUACCGGGCUCUUCUUCAAACACAGUAACUCUGAAAAAGAGCGGUGAAUGCUUUUAUCCUAGUGGACAACAGUGCAACAGAGAGACCAAAACACUUCAUAGCCAAGACCUCCUGUACUCGUAUGCAGCUUACUCUGCCAAAGGAACUCUUGAGGCAGAGCUUGUUGAUGUACAGUAUGGGACUGUGGCAGACUUGAUCCGGAUUCAAGCCAUUACAAACGUGACCAAAAAAAUUGCACUUUUGAAGCUAGGACAAUCACCUUUGCUUUAUAAGCUUUCUCUGUUAGAAGAUGCAGGGUUUGGUGGUGUUCUUCUUUACGUUGAUCCUUGUGACUUACCAAAGACUACAGAUCUUGCUGAUAAAGCAUUUAUGGUUUCCUUGAAUGCUGGAGGAGAUCCAUCAACACCUGGUUAUGCCAGUAUUGAUGGAAGCUACAGACAAAAUCGACUGAACCUCACAACAUUGUUAGUACAACCAAUUUCUGCAGUGCUUGCCAAAAAACUCAUUUCCUUACCUGAGGACACUGUCAAAAAAGAUAGGUGUAUACCCCUCCAAUGGCCAGCAGCAGGCAAAAAAAUAAUCAAUCUGAAUAUUCAGUCAGUCACAACUUACAAGACAAUUUCUAAUGUUAUUGGAUAUUUAAAAGGAACUGUAUUUCCUGAUAGAUACAUCAUCAUUGGUAGUCAUCACAACAGUUUGAAUACUUACAGUGGACAAGAAUGGGCCAGUAGCACUGCUAUCAUCACAGCAUUUAUACAAGCCUUGACACUGAAGGUUAAGAAAGGCUGGAGACCUGACCGGACCAUUGUUUUCUGCUCAUGGGGAGGAACAUUAUUUGGGAACAUUGGUUCAUAUGAAUGGGCAGAGGAUCUUAAGAGAGUUCUUCAAAGAAAUGUUGUUGCUUACGUUAGCCUCCAUAAUCCAGUCACAGGCAACUCAACUUUACAUCCUGUUGCAUCUCCUUCUCUUCAGCAACUGGCAGCAGAGAGCCAGAGCUUCAAGUGUGUGGAAAAGACUAGAUGUCCAGGAUCUAAUGUGAGUUCUGUGCAGAUACAGGGAGAUUCAGAUUAUUUCAUCAACCAUCUCGGAGUACCUGUCACGCAGUUUUCUUAUGAGGACAUCAAGGCAUCAGAGAAUUCUAGCUUUCUUUCCGAAGCUCUUUUUCCUGUACAUACAACAAAAACUGAAGAACUGGAUCCCUCCUUCAGCCUGCACGAGAACAUUGCAAAGCUAACAGGACAAGUGACUUUGCAAAUUGCCAGUGAACCAGUUUUGCCGUUUAAUGCCCUCGACAUCGCGUUAGAGGUUCAAAACAGUCUUAAAGGUGAUGAAGUAAACAUUCCUCAGUUACUUGCAGUGGCAUCACGUCUGAGGGACACUGCAGAACUGUUCCAAUCUGAUGAGAUGCGCCCAGCUAAUGACCCAAAGGAGCGAGCUCCUAUCAGAGUGAGGAUGCUCAAUGAUGUGCUACAAAGUCUGGAGAAAAGCUUCCUGAUUCAUCGAGCUCCUCCAGGACUUUACAGAAAUAUUCUUUACAGACUAGAUGAAAGGACAAGCCAGUUUUCAGUACUGCUAGAGGCACUGGAGCACUGCAAACUACAUCAGUCAAAUGAGACCAUUCAAGCAGCUUUGUCAGAGGUGCUGAACAGCAUCAAUUCAGCUCAGGUUUACUUCAAAGCAGGACUUGAUGUGUUUGAGACUACCUUAGGUGGAAAGAAAUGAGAGAAUUCUCUGCAUUCUAAGACAAUUGUUUACAGCUUGCUAAACAAAAGUUCAGCUUGGACCAGAAUUUAUCUGAGGAUGAAACCUUUCUCAGCUUUUCUUUCAGUUGGCGCUUACAGGUACCACAAUGUGUGUUUUUAUAAAUAAAAAACAGUCUUUUGCACUGUUCAUGGUAUAUCUCAAAUGUCUGUUUCUGAAUGUAUAAAACAAUGAGGUGGAAUAACACUUAAGAUACGAUUUUUGAGGGUCAUCUGCUGUAUUUUUAUAUGUAAAAUCUAUUUUUUAUGAGUAACAGCUCAAUCUUGCAAAGUACUGAGCACAUCCUGCAAUAUGCUGAAGACGUGGUUCUGCGACACCCCAGAUGUAUACCCAGGUGAGAUUUCUAUGCCUUCUUGUGUUUCUUAACUUCCUUAACACAUUCAUCUUCUGCCUUACUCCUUUCAGAGUAAGUAGUUGAAGUCUGUGACAUUUGCUUGGGUAUCCAGUGCUGGGGUUAAUCAGGAAAUGUACAGAACACCCUUAACACUGUAAUCCAACAUCUUUACUCCUGUGGAACAAUAAAUAGCUCCAUUCUGAGAGUACAGAUAGACUUUCAUUAUCCCAUUUCUAUAUGAAAAAGACUUGUUUUCCCUAGUAAUUCUUCAAGAGAAUUUUUUUUAUAAUUUCAAAUUAUUGAAAGGUUUGAAUCAGUAAUUACAAAAAUACUUUGUAUCGUUAUGUUAAAUAAAAGAACUGCCUAGUUUUACAAAGCUACCGGCCUUAUAAGCUUAUACAUUACUGAAAAAGCCUACUUCAAGGUCUCCUUAAAUUUCCAGAGAGCAGUAAAUGAAAACAUGACCUCAAACUUAUGGGAACAUUUCUGGUAUUCCACCACUUGGCCACACCACCCACUAUUCCAUGGAUCAUUCUGUAAGUAGUGCCUGGCAUAUAGGAUCUGGACUGUUGUCAAAAAAGCACAAGGCAAUCAUAUAUCCAUUUCCUACUGUAGAACCAGGAAUUCACCUCUGAAGGCUCAAUCAGAUGAAUCAUAUUGCAGAGCUAAAACUCAAAUUUGUUUUGCAUUGGUGGAAGCCCUGUACAAAGUCUGUAAUCACACCAUUACCUUGUUGGCAUGAAGUAAUCUCUGAAGAAAAGGAUCAGGAGGUCCAGUGUCCUCACCUGUAAGGCAAUAAUAGACACAAUUGAAAAUUGCAGGUCUAAAUAAUAUAAACAGUUGAAAAUGUUAAGCCCUAUUGGGUUUAGAGUUUUACAAUCUGAGAUGAUUCUGGGUUUAGUGCUCAAAAAUUUAUUUGAUAUAGAUGCUUAGAAUUGAAAUAUUAUUUAUUUGAUGGAAGCAUUAAAUGUAUUGUUAUUCAGUUUGCCAUGGAAACAUUACAGAAACAUUUCAAGUUGCAAUACAAAUAGAAAAAGUAUCUCUAUUAACGUAAAAAAUAAAAUGGCUUUCCAGAAAAUUUCAAGGAGCACAAGUUAGUGUAAGACUUUAAAGUGCAUGUUGACAUAGCAAGAAAUGAAAGUUUGUAGAUCUGUGUUUCUGUUUCCAGGAAUCCUUGACAAAUGGGUCUCUAUUAGCAAUGACCCGUGACUAGAUACAUCUAGCUAUGAUGUUGAUACAUUUCUUGCAAGUUAUUAUCAUAACAUGGGCAAAAGUGUCCCGGGUCUGACCAGAGGCUGGACUGUCCGGUUGAAUGGCUACAACUGAGGUGGGAAUACAUCAACAUCAGUCAGCAUGACUGCAUGAACUUAGACAUUAUUAUCUCCUAUCUUUGCUUGGCGUCUGAUAAGCAAGAUUAUAUGAUUAUUCUUUUGCUAAUGAUGAUACAAAUUCUGUUUACUGCAGAGAGAAUUUUACCUUUUUUUCUGCUACUAUAAUGUUUUUCAUCCCCCUGAUACCAUUAUUUUUUAUUAUUGGAAUAUUAAAAUGGGUGGAAUAACCACAUUGGAGCUAUAUGUUUACUUUGAGAUAUUAUUGGAGGAUGUACUGUGCACACUAUAUUUGACUUGUAUUUUCUAAUAUGGACCUCUCUUCUAAACAAUUUAUUUAGUAACAUAUUUUCUUUAGAGUGCUGACUUGCUAUAAAGCCGAAAUCUCCAGCAUCUAUGGUCUUAAAUGAUACAGUCAGGUGCCAUUAAGAGGCCAAAAAUAGAAAUCAACAUUUCCUUUAACUCUGCCAGGUGAAUCUAAUAACUGCUUUGUCUGUCUUGUAUGUAUAUUCCACCAAAAUCACCUCUGAUGUAACCACAGUGUACUCAUGCAAAAUCUGUGAUAUCUGCUAAGAAGAGUAUCCCUCAUGUAUUGAUUUCUUAACCAUGUAAUUCCUCACUAAAGCCUUUUUUUUUUUUUUGUUUUCUUACUAGUGUCCUUCUAUAACCACUUUUAAAAUAGCAGACUUAAAAGUACUUCACCACAAAAAGCACUGCAGCUAUAAAUGCCUGUCUAUUCUAAAGACAAUCAUAUAUUCUUUUUGGUGAGAUGAAUCAGAUAAGCCGUUGAGAGACGUAAAUCAAUUGAUUUCACUGCCAUCUCACACUUCUAGAUCUCUAGCCUUUUAUUUGAAAUGUUCAGAUUUUAAGUAUAAGGGAAUAUUCAGUGAUCAUAUUUGUACCAUUAUAGUUUCAGAAAAGGCACUUCUAAGCAAUGUCCUUCCAUGGAUUUUUAAAUCCUACCUAUUGGACUCAAAGAAUGUGUAGUAAGUUAAGGUGUUAAGUACCAGUGUGUUUCUAACAGAACUGUUCUCCAGCCAGCUGUGGAACAUCAGCUGAAGGAAGAGGUUAGUAACUCGUAGUAGCUUACCCAGAUUGAAUUCAUUCCCCUCUUACAUUGAAAUAAAUGGAGUGUCCUUAAAGGCAGAAGUAUGUUUGCAAUUACCUGAAUGAUACUAAAAGUUUGUUACCUUUUCAAAACAUCAACUGCCAGAGUAACAAAUACAUCGAUUGUGAAGUAAUCUAGAGUCAUGCUCAUGGUGACCAGAAAAUCCCUGCAGCUUGCAAUAUUUGUAUGCUGAGACAGUUGAUAAUAAAGAGCUAAUGAGAUUUUAUUAGUGCAUAUUUUAAAGAGUCAAUAAAGAAGCUGAAGUACAAUCAACUCAGAUGAAUAAUAGGUACCUGGGAGCUGGGUUUUGAGUACUGACCUUAAAAAAGGCAGUGAAUUGCUUUUAUCAUCCAAGAAAAACGGUAUCUGUGCAAAUACACAAACACACAAAUAUGCACUACUUUAUAUCUUCAAAACAUUGUACAAACACUCAUUUGCUUGCUAUGAUAUGAUUCUUCUAAGUAAACGUAGACAUCAAUAUUAACUACAUGAAAAAAACAGCAAACACUUUACACUGCUUCACUUAACUUUUAGGGAAGUAUUUCAGUCUGGAGGUUUAAAGGAAGUCAGUGGAGCUGACCUCACUCCCUGCAGCAGUAGGCAGGGAACAGUUAGAUCUCUUGGGUAUCACAGAAGGGACCUCUGGAGGUCA